GCCCUCGCGGCGGUGCAUGAACUUGAAGUCCUCGGCGGCUUUCCGCUCGGAGCGCAGCUUCCACCGGAGCUCGUCGCCGUCUCCCGGCCGCCCCAUGGAGCUCUUCGGCACCUUCGUGCGGCCACGCGCGGAGCCGGCGGCAUUCCCAGGUAGCUCUCCCGCAGCCCGGCCGGGCACCGCGGGCAACGUCAAGACCCUGGGCGACACCUACCAGUUCACGGUGGACGUGAGCGACUUCGCACCCGAGGACAUCAUCGUCACCACCUCCAACAACCACAUCGAGGUGCACGCCGAGAAGCGCGCCGGCGACGGCACCGUCGUCAACACCUUCACGCACAAGUGCCAGCUGCCCGACGACGUGGAGCCCACGUCGGUGUCGUCGGCGCUGGCCGAGGACGGCUCGCUGACGGUGCGCGCGCGCCGCCAGCCCGCCCGGCACGCCGAGCACGUCCCGCAGACCUUCCGGACUGAGAUCAAGAUCUGAGCGCGCGGCGGGCCCCGCGGCCGCCCC